CUCACGCCGCACUGACCGUCCACUGCCGAUCUCGCCCUCUUCGAAGCUCCGAGUACACGCGGUUGGAGCCUGAGGGCUCAUUUACGUCAAGAUGUCGGACGACGAUUUCAUGCAAGAAUCUGACGAGGAGCAGUACGACUUUGAGUACGAGGACGACGGCGAAGAAGAUUCCGCCGAUGUCGACAUCGAGAACAAGUAUUACAAUGCCAAGCAGAUGAAGGAUAGCGACCCCGACAAAGCCAUCGAGGAAUUUCUAGAAAUUCCAGCUUUAGAGUCAGAGAAGGGUGAAUGGGGAUUUAAGGGCCUCAAACAAGCAAUCAAGCUCGAAUAUAGACUAGGAAAAUAUGACAAGGCCGUGGAGCACUACACUGAGCUUCUCACGUACGUUAAGUCCGCGGUGACUCGCAAUUAUUCCGAAAAAUCUAUCAACAAUAUGCUUGACUUCAUAGAGAAGGAGUCAGAGAGCGAGGCAGCGCAACGAUGCAUGGAACAGUUCUACUCCCUGACCCUAGGGUGUUUCCAGAGCACGAAUAACGAAAGAUUAUGGCUCAAGACCAACAUCAAGCUUGCAAAACUGUUGCUGGACCGCAAAGAGUAUCUCGCCGUAACAAAGAAACUCCGUGAACUCCAGAAAGCCUGCCAACGAGAUGACGGCACCGACGACCCAAACAAAGGCACUUAUUCCCUGGAGAUAUACGCUCUGGAGAUACAGAUGUAUGCGGAAACACGGAAUAACAAGCAACUGAAGGUGCUCUACCAAAAGGCACUCCGGGUCAAGUCGGCUGUACCACACCCUAAAAUCAUGGGUAUCAUUCGCGAAUGCGGCGGCAAAAUGCAUAUGAGCGAGGAGAACUGGAAAGAUGCACAGAGUGACUUUUUCGAGUCAUUCAGGAAUUACGACGAGGCUGGCUCUCUUCAGCGAAUCCAGGUCCUCAAGUACCUUCUCCUUACCACUAUGCUAAUGAAGUCCGACAUUAACCCUUUUGACUCUCAAGAGACCAAGCCAUACCGAAACGAUCCGCGUAUCGCAGCGAUGACGGAGCUAGUGGAUGCGUAUCAAAGAGAUGAUAUGCAUCAAUACGUCAACGUUCUCCAGAAAAACCAGGAUAUCUUAGGUGAUCCUUUCAUUGCGGAAAACAUUGACGAGGUGACCCGUAAUAUGAGGACUAAGGCUGUUGUCAAACUGAUUGCACCCUAUACCCGAAUGAAAUUGAGCUGGAUCGCGCAGAAACUCAAAAUCUCUGAAGGGGAGAUUCAAGAUAUCUUAGGAUACCUCAUUAUCGAUGGCAAAAUCCGUGGGAAAGUUGACCAGCAGUCUGGUACUCUAGAGAUCGAGUCUGGUAGUGACAACGGUCGUACCAAGGCCCUCGACGCCUGGGCAGAUUCGAUUGCUGGCUUAUACCAAUCCAUUUUUAAGGACAGUGAAGGGUUCCGCGUAGCAGAUACAUCGCUCCCCGAGGAGUUUGUGGUUUUCGAUCAAAACCCGCGAGGCCGAAUUCCUCACGGUAGAGGAAACAAAAAGUCUGGAAAGCUAGGUUGGGGUCCUGGCAUUUGAGCUCCUCAAAACCGACCGUUGCUGAAAGUCGUGCUCGCUUCCAUCGGAGGCAUAGGGAUAGGGGCGAUAUCAUCCGGCUACACUGGUCUGAUAGAUGAGGUUCAGCCCAAGCAACUAAGCCUUUCACGAUAGAUAACCGGUAUAACCUAGAGGAUCAAGAAAGGGAUUUGAUGUGGAGGCGAAAAUGAAGUGUUUGCUAACUACGAAGAGCCAAGCUGGGACACUUAUCCAUAGGUAUAAGGUCAAGUCAAGUAGUGAACAACAAGGCACCCUCCCACCAUUACCUUCUUUUAUCUGU